GACUUGGACUCAAGUCUGAUGAACUCCCCACCCAGAUGAGCAUAGCUGAUUGGCCAGAAAUGAAGAAGAAAUUUGCAGAUGUGUUUGCAAAGAAGACGAAGGCGGAGUGGUGCCAGAUCUUUGAUGGGACAGAUGCAUGUGUGACCCCAGUGCUGACCAUUGAGGAGGCCCUCCACCACAGUCACAACAGGGAACGGGCCUCCUUUAUCACUGACGAGGAGCAGCAUGCAAGCCCCCGUCCUGCACCUCAGCUGUCUAGAACCCCAGCCAUCCCUUGUCUGAAAAGGGAUGCUUUUGCAGGGGAGCACACCGAAGAGGUUCUUAAAGAAUUUGGAUUCAGUCAAGAAGAGAUCCAUCAGUUGUGCUCAGAGAGAGUCAUUGAGAGUAGUAAACCAAAAGCCAACCUCUGACUCUCACGGCUCAAGGGAAGCCGAAGGCUGCAUUUACACUGGAGAAUGACACUCAUGAUGGUAUGCAUGGAAAUGUGGAUGAGCAGUAAUGACGUGAUCCAAGCAUUCCAAUCAAGACACAACUAAAGACUGAUUACAGAGUAAUGAUUGCAUUCUGAAUCCGCUUUUCAGAGCCUCUGAUUGAGGAAUAUUUUUGUGUGUGUACUGAUAUUAACUUGUCACAGUCUUUCUGCCUUUUGGUUCACUUGAUAACGUGCAUUCAUUGAUAUUAAAGCCCUUAUAUAAAUAUAGCGAUGCUAUAUUUUAAAUGAAGUAAUAUAAUUUUAAUAAAUAAAGCUUUUUUUCCCUUCCUGGAA